AUGGUUUGGCAUCGUGAGAAUGCAGUCAAUGCCUAUGUGGAUUCCGUAAAGCUGUGCAAAGAGAUGAAAUCCACAUGCUUUAAGAAGAUGGAGCCCCAGAGCACUGAAUUUAUAUCAGCUCUGGCAGCGGGAAUGAAUGCACAGCUAAUUGUAGAAGUCUGUUCUGCUGCAUCACAGUCCACCGUUGGGCUUGCAGCUGCUGCUCGCCAAACUGGGGGGCGUUUCAUCUGCAUUGUAGCAGAGCCUCAAACCCAAACAGAGAUCUACAAGGCCGUUAAGGAACUGGGCUUGGAAAACACCACUGAAUUUGUGAUAGGAGACGCCAAAGAAUUCCUUCCCAAGUACACAAAUGUAGAUUUUACUCUGAUUGAUUGCAAGAUUGAAGAAUACCCAGACCUUUUGAAGCUCUUGAAUGUGAAUCCCACGAGGGCAAUGGUCAUCACAAACAAUCUUUUUGAUGGAAAACUCACGGCUGCGUGGGAAAAAAGAUUGGAGAAGGUGGGUGUUAAAUCUACAACACUUCCCAUUGGUAAGGGAAUACAAGUCACCAAAAUUGGUGAUAAUAUUCUUGAGUCCUGUGAAGGGCAAUUCAGAGACGUUGGAAGUGGGGAUCGUGACACAAAAUCCUGUGCUUGUAAUGCAAAAGGCGGUCGUAAAGACAAGAGAAGCAAAUGGAUUGUUCAGGUAGACGAACGCACAGGUGAAGAACAUGUAUUUAGAGUAUUCACACACAGAUCUAAGCCCACCUGCAUUAAGUCAGUCAAUCAGUGCAGAAGGACACAGAGACAUAAUCUAGAAGAAAAGAAAUCGUUUUACUGCUGUUCUAGAAGGUUGAACGUGAACUGGGUUCUCGUAGAUUAUUUGGCUUUCUGA